AUGGCUUCCGCAGUCAAGAGCGCCCUCCCCUCGCACCUCAAGUCCUCCUUGGGCGUCAAGGAGGACGGUGAGCCUCGUCACCAUGGCAAGACCCGAUCCCACAUGGCCUUCGAGAAUGCCUCCACCAAUGUCGCUGCCGCCCAAAUGCGCAAUGCCCUGACGGAGCUGGCCGAGACGGUCAAGGACCCCGAGGAGAAGCAGCGGUUCGAGACCGAGAUGGACAACUUCUUCUCGCUCUUCCGCAGAUACCUGAACGACAAGUCCAAGGGCAACGCCGUUGACUGGGACCGCAUUGCUCCCCCUGCCCAGGGCCAGGUCGUUGACUACGAGGACCUCGCCAACUCGGAGUCCGUUGGCUUCCUCAACAAGCUCGCCGUCCUGAAGCUCAAUGGUGGUCUGGGUACCUCCAUGGGCUGCGUUGGUCCCAAGUCCGUCAUUGAGGUCCGUGAUGGCAUGUCCUUCCUCGACCUCUCCGUGCGACAGGUCGAGUACCUCAACCGCACCUACAACACCAACGUCCCCUUCAUCUUGAUGAACUCGUUCAACACCAACGAUGACACUGCUGCCAUCAUCAAGAAGUACGAGGGUCACAACGUCGAUAUCUUGACCUUCAACCAGUCGAGAUACCCCAGAAUCCUCAAGGACUCGCUCCUCCCUGCCCCCAAGAGCUACGACUCUCAGAUCUCUGACUGGUACCCCCCGGGUCACGGUGACGUUUUCGAGUCUCUGUACAACUCCGGUAUCCUCGACAAGCUCAUCGAGCGCGGCAUUGAGAUCAUUUUCCUGUCCAACGUUGACAACCUGGGCGCCGUCGUGGAUCUGCGCAUCCUGCAGCACAUGGUUGAGACCGAGGCCGAGUACCUCAUGGAGUUGACCAACAAGACCAAGGCUGAUGUCAAGGGUGGUACCAUCAUCGACUACGAGGGCUCCGUCCGCCUGCUCGAGAUCGCCCAGGUGCCCAAGGAGCACGUCAACGAGUUCAAGUCGAUCAAGAAGUUCAAGUACUUCAACACCAACAACAUCUGGAUGAACGUCAAGGCCAUCAAGCGCGUCGUGGAGAACGACGAGCUGGAGAUGGAGAUCAUCCCCAACGGAAAGAGCAUUCCUGGCGACAAGAAGGGCGAGUCUGACGUCUCCGUCCUGCAGCUCGAGACUGCUGUCGGUGCCGCCAUCCGCCACUUCAAGAACGCACACGGUGUCAACGUGCCCCGCCGCCGUUUCUUGCCCGUCAAGACUUGCUCUGACCUCUUGCUCGUCAAGUCCGAUCUGUACUCUCUCAAGCAUGGCCAGCUCCAGAUGAGCGCCAGCCGAUUCGGCGACGCCCCUCUCAUCAAGCUCGGUGGUGACUUCAAGAAGGUGUCGGACUUCCAGAAGCACAUCCCGUCUAUCCCCAAGAUCGUUGAGCUUGACCACCUGACCAUCACUGGCAAUGUCAACCUCGGCCGCGGCGUCGUCCUCAAGGGCACUGUCAUCAUUGUCGCAACAGAGGGCUCCACCAUUGACAUUCCUCCUGGAUCCGUCCUUGAGAACGUGGUUGUGCAGGGUAGCUUGCGUCUGCUUGAGCACUAG